GUUGGUUAUCAAAAUUUCGCUAUUUAACGUGAUGGUAAUAGUUAAACAACUACAAUUAACAAAAAUAUACAUAUCUUGAGAGCACAGCUUAACACAGGAAUUGUUAUUCGUACCAAUUAAUUUAGAAUGACUUCAGAAACGAAGCAAAUUUCACCUGUUUCCGAAGAAAAUAUUAAGUCGGCGGAAAAGUAUAAAACCGAUGCCAAUGAAUACUUCAAGAAGCAAGAUUUCAACAAUGCAAUAGAUCUGUACACCAAAGCAAUCGAGGCGAAUCCCGAUGUAGCCGUUUACUACGCCAAUCGCAGCUUUGCCUAUCUUAAAACGGAAUGUUUCGGAUAUGCCCUGGCCGAUGCCUCGCGUUCCGUGGAGCUGGACAAGGCCUACGUGAAGGGGUAUUACAGGAGAGCCGCUGCCCUUAUGUCUUUAGGAAAGUUCAAGGAGGCUCUAAAGGAUUUCGAAUAUGUAACUAAAGUCAGACCCAGUGAUAAAGAUGCGAAGACCAAAUACACUGAAUGCAACAAAAUAGUUAAGAAAUUGGCUUUCGAAAGGGCUAUUGCUGUGGAAGACAAUAUGAAAAAUAUAGCUGAUACCAUUAAUAUUGAUGCUAUGACCAUAGAAAAUGAAUACUCAGGCCCUGAACUUGAAGAUGGUAAAGUUACCCUUAAAUUCAUGAAAGAUUUAAUGGAAUUGUACAAGAAGCAAGGGAAAUUACAUAGAAAAUACGCCUAUAAGAUUUUGUUAGAUAUAAAAGCGUACUUCAUGAAACAACCGACUUUAGUAGACAUACCCAUCGGAGACGAUGAUAAAUUCACGGUAUGCGGAGACAUCCACGGUCAAUUCUACGAUUUAAUGAACAUAUUCGAACUCAACGGACUUCCAUCGGAAACCAACCCGUACCUAUUCAACGGCGACUUCGUCGAUCGAGGAUCCUUCUCCGUUGAAUGCAUUUUCACGUUGUUCGGCUUCAAAUUGCUCUUUCCCAAUCACUUUUUCAUGUCCAGAGGCAAUCACGAAAGCGCCACAAUGAACCAAAUGUACGGCUUCGACGGCGAAGUCAAAUCCAAGUAUACCGCUCAAAUGGCCGAACUCUUCACUGAAGUCUACAAUUGGUUACCCUUAGCUCAUUGUUUGAAUAAGAGAGUAUUGGUUAUGCAUGGAGGUCUGUUCGGAUCUGAUACGGUAACAUUGGACGAUAUUAGGAAAAUCGAGAGGAACCGACAGCCGCCCGAAGAUGGGCCGAUGUGCGAGCUCCUGUGGUCGGAUCCCCAGCCUCAGAACGGGCGAGCUCCGAGCAAGCGGGGCGUAGGAUGUCAAUUCGGUCCGGACGUGACCAGGACGUUUUUGGACCUCAACAAGCUCGAUUAUAUCAUAAGAAGUCACGAGGUGAAAAACGACGGGUACGAAGUUGCCCACAAUGGGCUGUGCAUUACAGUAUUUUCUGCUCCUAACUAUUGUGAUACUAUGGGUAAUAAGGGUGCAUUUAUUAUCCUUAAGGGGAAGGAUAUGUUACCGAAAUUCACGACCUACGAAGCUGUGCCACAUCCAAAUGUAAAGCCGAUGGCAUACGCGAAUUCGCUGAUGAGCCUCUUGUGCUAGUACCUGCUCUUGUAGUAAAAUUUUUUAGAUUACAUUUUUUUGUUUUAGUAAUUUUUUCAAUAAGUUAAAGGAUGAUAGGCGUUUUAUCGAUAAGUAAUUGCUUUAAAUUUACCUUAUCCUGCGAGUUUGAUGAAUUAAGAUGUAUGUUUCAUUGUUAACAGUUCGUUUGCUUUUUUUAUACAGACUUAAAAUCGAUUCGUAGCCUUAUUUCAAUAAAGUGUUUAUUUAUUUAAAGUUUUUGUUGGUUAAUAACGUAUUCAACAACGCAAUAGAUAAUUACUGCCCUUUAGCCUUUUUCGAUUAAGAAAUGUAUAACUUUCAUUCAAGCCCCGAAAUCGUUCAAUUUUAU